CAAAGAUUCUCAAACCUUAUUCCAGACUGCCAUACUCUCAUGCUCUGAACUUUAAAGAAUUCUCUUUACUCUCUCUUGCGCUACUUAUCGCAGACUCUGUACUAACAACAAUGUCUGUCUCAGAAUCUUUGUCACCUUGCAGUUCUGACAUAGAACCUGUGAUCCCCACAACCCCUUUGGUCAGCUUCUUUGAACGUCUCCAAGAAACCGCUCUCAACACCUUUGGAGAAACAAACUUUGACCCAAAACUUUACGUUGAUCUGUCACUGAAAUUCGAUUUGCCAACCACUGAGGACGCUUUUGUCAAGCUUCCAAAGUCCGCAAAUGGGUCUUUAUCAGCUGAGGAUUUGAAAGGGUUUAUAGAGAAGUACUUUGAGAGUGCAGGGAAUGACAUGGUGUACUGUGAGCCAGUGGAUUUUGUCCCAGAACCUGAGGGGUUCUUACCAAAGGUGAAGAACCCAGAAGUGAGGGCCUGGGCUUUGGAGGUGCAUGCUUUAUGGAAGAGUUUGAGUAGGAAAGUCUCUGAUCAAGUGCAGAAGCGACCAGAGUUGCAUAGUAUGCUUCCUCUGCCUGAGCCAGUCAUGAUUCCUGGGUCAAGGUUUAGAGAGAUCUAUUACUGGGAUUCUUACUGGGUUAUUCGGGGCUUGCUAGCAAGUAAGAUGUAUGAGACUGCAAAAGGAAUUGUGACUAAUCUUAUUUACUUCAUAGAAGAGUAUGGAUAUGUUCUUAAUGGUGGAAGGGCUUAUUACACUAAUAGAAGCCAGCCUCCCCUCCUGAGUGCUAUGAUUUAUGAGAUAUACAAUAAGACUGGUGAUAUGCAACUGGUUAAAAAAUCUCUCCCUGCACUGCUCAAAGAGUAUUGCUUUUGGAAUUCAGAUAUACAUAAGGUGAUCAUUCAAGAUUCUCAAUCUUGCAACCAUACUUUAAAUCGGUAUUAUGCAAUGUGGAACAAACCCAGGCCUGAAGCUACAACCAAAGACAAGAAAUUUGCUUCCAAGAUCUCAAAUGUUUCUGAAAAACAGCAGUUUUACCAUGAACUGGCUUCGACUGCUGAAUCUGGCUGGGACUUCAGCUCAAGGUGGAUGAGGAAUCCCUCGGAUUUUACCACGUUGGCUACAACAACAAUUUUACCUGUUGAUUUAAAUACUUUUAUACUUAAGAUGGAGCUAGACAUUGCGUUCUUAGCAAAAGUUACUGGAGAUAAUAGCACUGCUACGAGCUUCAUCGAAGCUUCUCAGUCCAGACUGAACGCAAUCAAAUCUGUUUUCUGGAAUGAGGAGGUGGGACAAUGGCUUGAUUACUGGCUCAAUGAUAGCACAUGCAAGGGAUGUCAAACAUGGGAAGCUUGUAACCAGAAGCAGAGUGUAUUCGCUUCAAACUUCAUUCCUUUGUGGGUUGAGUCGUUCUACUCAGAUACUUCUCUGGUGGAGAAAGUCAUGAAAAGCUUCCAAGAUUCAGGCCUGCUUUGUGCUUAUGGAAUUGCAACUUCUUUGACGAAUUCAGGAGAACAAUGGGACUUUCCAAAUGGUUGGGCUCCACUUCAACACAUGAUAGUUGAAGGCCUAGCAAGAUCUGGAUCAAAAGAAGCAAGAUCAGUAGCUGAAGACAUUGCUAUGAGGUGGAUCAGAACCAACUAUGUUGCCUACAAGAAAACAGGCAAAAUGCAUGAAAAAUAUAAUGUGGAAAAGUGUGGAGAAUUUGGAGGUGGUGGUAAAUAUGUACCCCAGACUGGUUUUGGCUGGUCAAAUGGAGUUGUUUUGGCUUUUCUAGAGGAGUUUGGAUGGCCUCAGGACCAGAUGAUAGAUUGCUAAUGAUUUUGUAGUUUGAAUGGCCUCACUAGCAGCUCCUUAGAAAAGAUGCUGUUCAUUAUGAGAAGCCAACAGCAAAUAAAACUGUAGCAACAAAUAAGAGUGAUUUGCUCCAUAAUCUUGAAACCAAAGAUGUAUUCUACUAAGAGUCUGUUUGGAUACUGCUUAUUUGGUAAAAAUUGAAAACUUAUUGCUGAAAA